AUGAAUAUUAACAGUAAUAGCAAGCCAAGUCUUUAAGAAUAUCUUGAUAAAUUAAAGCAAAUCCAAGAUGCAAACAAUAGGAGACUAAGUUAAGCAAAAUCCCAAACUAAUGCCUCAAAAAUAAUGACUCCUAAGACAACUUCACAAUUAAAAUAGCAAACAAAAUUAUCUACUGAUCGCUCUCACUCUUAACAUAAGUUGGUGCCAUUUUUUUAGAAUAGGAAAGUGUCGAGCUCAAAGAGAUAAACUAGUUAGGCUGAUGAACCGAAAAUACCUAUCUCUAUUUCUGGUAUAACAAAAACAGUAGAAGCAACAUCUCCAAGAACGGGUGAGUUGGAAGAUAUAAAAAAAUAAUUAAAUUAAUGGUUCAUUAAGGAGAGUAAGAACAAUAAUACUGGUGGAUGUCUCUAAUUAUUGGAACCAACAUUAGUUCAUAAUAUUUUAAAAUUACCUCCCAGACAGAAGAUCAAUUCAGAACUCAGAGCAUCUCUUUCAGCUAAAGACAUGUUGGAUAACACAGCACUUCAUUAUGCAGCCAAAAAUGGGAAUGCUUAAUUAACAUCUGCAUUAAUAUUUAAGUAAAUUGCUAUCGAUGCAUAAAACAAAGAUCACAUGACCCCAUUAAUUUUAGCUGCCUUAAAUGGAUAAGAUGAAGUCUUGAUGAUAUUGAUGAAUGCAGGUUCAGACAUCAAUCACUAAGAUUCUUUUGGAAACACAGCAUUACAUUAUGCUUGUAAAUAGAAUCAUAAAACAGUCGUUUAGUUGUUAUUGAAAAGACAAUCAAUUUAGUUUAAAAUCAACAAAGAACAUAAAACUGCUGAAUAGUAUGCAUAAAAUGAGGAAGUCCAACCUAUGUAAAUCUAUUUGUUAAUCUUAAUUUAAGAAUAGAAAAUGAAUAUGGUCUAAAUAUAGAAUACUUAAAAUGAUGUCAUUCUUAAAAUGUUUUAAUUUAAAAGAGGAUAGAUGAAUUAAUAAUAAUAAUAAUAAUAAUAACAAUAAUAACAAUAAUAGUAAUAAUAUUAAGGAAUUUAAUAAUAAACCUAACAAAAUUUUGCUUAAACUCCAACUCAAUUAAAUAGUUAUUCAUGCAAAAAUUUAAAUGUUGUAAACAAACAAUCAUCUUCUCCAAACAAUAGAACUUAAUAAGAAAUUAAAUAAGAGAGAUUAAAUAAGAUAAACUCAACUCAUUCUGCUAAAUAAUAGUUAACAAAUACUGUUUCCACAAACUCUGAUUCUAUUAAGAAUAAGGAAGAAGAGAAGAUUGGACCUUAGUAAUUCCAAGUGAUUGGAUUAAUCGGAAAGGGUAGUUUUGGAGAAGUUUAUUUAGUAUAGAAAAGCAAUUAGUUAUAUGCAAUGAAAGUGCUUCAUAAAAGCAGGAUCAUGAAACAUAAUUUGACCAGAUAUGCUUUAACGGAAAGGAAUGUAUUGUCAAUAACCUCUCAUCCCUUCAUAGUUAAAUUAAGAUUUGCAUUCCAGACUUAGGAUAAAUUGUUCAUGAUUUUAGAUUAUUGUCCAGGAGGGGAUUUGGGAGAAGUCUUAUAAAAAUAGAAGAGACUCCCUGAAAACAUAGUGAAGAAUUAUUUAUGUGAAAUUGUUUUAGCCUUAGAAGAUUUACAUAAACGAGAUAUUAUAUUUAGAGAUUUGAAACCUGAUAAUAUUGUUUUGGAUACCGAAGGUCAUGCUCUUUUGACAGAUUUUGGAUUAUCAAAGGAAGGUAUCUUAGAACCUAAUACUGGUGCUCGUUCAUUUUGUGGAUCAGUUGCAUAUUUGGCACCAGAAAUGCUGAAGAGAUCUGGUCAUGGAAAAGCCGUUGAUUGGUAUUUAUUAGGAGUAGUGAUGUAUGAACUAUUGGUUGGAUUGCCUCCUUACUAUGCUAACAAUAGAGAGGAAUUGUUUUAUAAUAUUGAAAAUGCUUAACUCAAAAUACCUUCAUAUAUUUCUAAUGAGGCUAAAAAUCUAUUAAAAGCAUUAUUAUAACGAAAUCCAGCCAAGCGUCUAGGUUCGGGCAAAGGAGACUCAGAAGAAAUCAAGGCACAUCAAUAUUUCUAGGAUGUUAAUUGGGAAGUUGUCUACAAUAGAGAGUUGACAAUGCCUAAGCCAAACAGGAAAAUUAGAAUCAAUACUAAAAUUGAUGGAAAUGUGUUUGAUAUGCAAAGUAUAGUAGAGGAAUCCAAAGCACAUUUAGGAGGAUGGACUUUUGUUAAUAAUGAUGAGUUAUGA